CCCGGAUUGUGCGCGGAAUGGCGUAAUAACAGGGAGGAACCUGCUAGUGGACUGGACUCGAUACACCUGAUGAUUUCAUAUGAAGCUAAUCUACUGUUUCAGGGCUUUGGUCCUGCUCAUCCUCGUCUCCUGAUGCUGCAAAGGAGGACACAUACUGGUUCUUCCUAUCGAGGGCAGCCACUGGAUAAACAUGGAUGUUUUAGUAAAAGCUCUGCACUCCAGAGGACACAGCCUGACUGUUAUGCGCCCCAGCAACAGCUGGUACAUUAAAGAUAACUCUUCAUAUUACAGCACAUUCACAGUUCCCGUGAAGAGGAGCUUCUAUCAGAAGUUCAUUACCAAAAUCAUAUUUGACAUCAUACAGUUUGAGCGUGGGGCUUUACCUUUGACCAGUUUCCCUUAUGCUUCGCUUGGGAUGUUCAGCACUACCCUGGAGAUUCAUAAGGCUGUGAGUGAAUAUGUCUCAGCCAUGUUGGAUGAUGCAGAGUUAAUUAGAACCCUGAACAACACCAAGUUUGAUCUGGUUCUCACUGACCCCUGCUGGGGCAGUGGAGCACUUUUGGCCAGAUAUUUAAGCGUUCCUCUAGUUUUUAAUGUUCGCUGGAUAAUAUCUGAAGAAGGUCAAUUUGGCAUCGCUCCAUCACCAUUAUCAUAUAUUCCAAUCACAGGAUCUGGCUACACAGAUAAAAUGACCUUUUUCCAAAGGGUUAAAAACAAUAUUUUAUACUAUAUCAUCCGAAUGAAUGAUAUGUUGGUCACUAAGCAAGUUUACCAGCCACUUUGUGAGCAAUAUCUUGGACCUGAUUGUGACUUUGACCAUUUAAAGAUAGAUGCAGACAUCUGGCUCAUGAGAACCGAUUUUGUCUUUGAUUACCCACGUCCCACAAUGCCUAAUGUUGUGUACAUGGGAGGGUUCCACUGUAAACGUGCAGAACCACUUCCUGACUACAUGAAGGAGUUUGUGCAGAGUUCUGGAGAGCAUGGAGUCAUUGUCAUGUCUUUAGGAACAUUUGUGCCUGCUCUCCCAGAUGAUCUGGCAAAUGAGAUUGUAACAGCUUUUGCAAAGUUGCCACAACAAGUCAUCUGGAGCUACAGAGGACCCAAACCAUCCACUUUGGGUAACAACACUUUACUGGUUGAGUGGAUGCCACAAAAAGACCUUUUAGGACAUCCUAAGGUAAAGCUAUUUGUGGCUCAUGGGGGAACAAAUGGACUUCAAGAGGCCUUGUGUUAUGGAGUCCCAGUAGUGGGUUUACCCUUGUUUUUUGAUCAGUAUGACAAUCUGCUGCGCUUGCAAGUAAAAGGUGGAGCUAAAAUUCUUACACUUGGUACAGUGGACAAAGACAACAACUUCUUGAAAGCCAUACAAGAAGUCUUGAAUGAACCGUCAUACAGGCAGAACAUGCAGAUACUUUCCAGGCUGCACAGAGAUCAGCCAAUGAAGCCAAUUGAUACUGCCCUAUUCUGGAUAGAAUACGUCAUUAGGUACAAAGGUGCUGGACAUCUGAAAGCUCAGUCCUAUAGAAUGCCCUGGUAUGUUUACCACUCUGUAGACGUAGUCCUGUUCCUGAUGGGUGCAGUACUGCUCACGCUUCUAGCUACAGUCAUGUUUAUCAGGUGUUUAUGGAAAUCUGUGUGUGGAUGUAAAGUAAAACUUGAGUAAUGAUUAGACAUAUUCAUUAAUUUAGCACUAUGAAUAUUUUCACAAGCUGGAGACAAGAUUGAAAGCAGUAACAUUAACUUGAUGGACUCUUUGAAUGCUUGUAUUGAAACAUAUUUGGAGUCUAACAAUACUACAAAUGGGUUUUGUUCAAUAUUAUAUUGGUGGCUAAGAAAAUGUCAUUUUACUUUUGUAUUGUAAUCCAGAAUGUCC